UAUUAAUAAACGCCCUUGGUCAUCUGAAUCACCGGCGUCCGAACUCAAAUAUCGAAGGAUUCAUUGAGCAGUGCUACGGAAACAAUGACAGAACGGCUGAUCACCCAGUGGUUCAUUAGUGAAUAGUUUUUAUCAGUGCUAUCUACGGACAUUUUUAUCGGGCUGCAAAAAGCUCGGUCCAUUGUGUUCAACCUAAUUGGAUUUGAUUUAUGUGUUUAUACAAAAACUUGUUAGACUAGAUGCGUACGGUGUGACAAUGAUGCGCGAGUCGCGAAACGUUCGAAUUCUUGUGAAUGGAAGAGGAAUAAUUAUGGGAUGACAGUAAAUAAAGAUUCAUGGAAAAGGUUUGGCGUCGAGUAGGUCUCCAUUCCUCUCGGAAGAAGAGGGAUGGAAGCGGGACUAGUAGAGAAGUGGUGACAGCAACCGCGCCCCCACAGGAAGCUGAAUAUCAGAAUAUCCAUACCUUGCGAACAGCUGACUUGAUAAGGCAACGUCAGGGGGAAGAGAAGUCGACUUUGCGUUCGUCGUACAUCAUACGGAACGGGGAUAACUUUAUUUUGGUUGAGCGGAGGAGGAGACGACGUCGUAGGAGUGGUACCAGGGCUUCAUCAGGAAGUAGGCAUCACACGCCGCCAGUGGAAGAGACUGCGCGUACUGAGCAGAAGCGCCGACCACCUGCUCGUCUGAAGAUCUUCGGCAUUCAAUGGCCACUGCACUCUAGCGAUUCAAGGCACACAUCAAUCACCCGUCGUUUCUGCCGCGGGCGUCGUUCGCGCGAAGAUAACGAGCUCUACCGCUCCAACAGCUUCAAGUUUGAGAGGUUCACCAGGGAGCCGCCAGCGGACGAGUUCGCUUCUGGGUCUCAGGCGGCACUCUGCGCAGACUACAGCGUUCCGGUAGACUGCGUGCAGGCAGGACCAGCACCACGUCCUAGCUCCUUUCAUGAAAUCUCUGCACCUAAAGUUGAGUUCAUAGAGGCAUACUGCACACCUCGUGACACAGCUCGCCGGUCCAGAGAACCUCGUCGUUCACCUGAAAGCACCAGAUGGCGAUACGACACCCGCCGUAGCAACUACGACUUUGACUCAUGUCGGCGUCCGUACGACUACGACUCUAGACGAUUUUACGUCGGCGAAUACGACGCAGAUUCUGGUAGAAGACCAGAGUUUGACGCAGAGUCGGCUAGGCGACGAGCAGAUUACGAGUCGGCGAGAAGGACAGAUUUCGAUUUAUCAGCUCCAAGUGUAUCAAGACGCAGUCCUGAGAGUGCUCCUGAGGCAUCAGCAGAAUCGCCUCCUGAACCGGCACCGUCUGCGCCUUUAAGACACGAAAGGACUUCUCGUCAUCGAUCUCAACCAUAUUACGAAUCUGAAACAUCAGAAGAAGAAAGAUCGUCAUCAACAUCGACUGAAGACGAAGAAGAGGACGAGUUUGGUGAAUUUGAUCCGUUCGCCACAGCCCCUUCACUGCAUUCUCCCGACAGCGGUCGCUCAGACCCUCGAUACGCCAACGCGCCGCGUAGGAACCCCAGUCCCUAUUACUACGGCGACUUGUUCAAAAAUCCUCAAUCGCAGCCAACUCCAACCGCCCCGACGGCUUCCACAACAUCCUCUUCUCGUGGCCCUCGGUACAGGAAGUCCGCUAGUCUCGACGCUCCGCACGUUGCUCCACGACCGAAUCUGCCAAAACGUUUCUCAGUUGCUGAAGAUGGCUUCCGUGAGCUAGAACGGUCGUCAUCGUCGUCAGGUGAGAGCGCGUGGAUGCCGCCAAGGCGUCGCGGGCGCGACGCGGCCGGCUGUGCGUGCGCCGCGCCCGAAGAUGUAGAAGAGCAUCGUUCUUCUCGUAGCGUCUUUUACGUGCCGGCGCCGUUGCCCCGCUGGCCGCAAGAGAUGACCACCCGACAGAUCUAUGAAACAGCAUUCGACUGCAAAAUUGCACGAUCUGACGAUGAUUUGGAUGAUUUUGAUCGCGUCAGCAACCAUCCGGCUCUCUUGCAAGCUAAGGAGCGAAAAGUUAUUUCAUCGGCGUCAUCUGCUUUUGAGGCUGUUGAGCGAAGUGAACCCGAUUACAAGGGUCGUCGCAAAGUGACUAUGAAAACUGACAGCGUCCGGAGGUCAAAGAUUCCAACCAUUCGACAAAAGAGGGAAAAUGAAACCAAUCCAUCGACUUUGUCAGAGGAGCUAGAGAAAGUUCAUAUUGAAGACGAAGAUCGUACAGCUUCUACUUCACAGUUGCCAUUACGUGGUUAUACACCUUCGCCACCGUCUACUGCACCAUUGCCGACAAAAUUUCAACAGAAAGAUGGAUCAGCUAUGAACAGCAUCAAAAGUGCUCCAAAUCUACCACAAUCACAACCAGCACAUCCUCGCCUGAAGGAUCUUCGACUACCGGUAAAAUCUCUGCGAGCUCGUGAGACACCGACGAGUAGUGAUGCAAGUAUGGCUGAUGUUAAAGGCUCGGCUUCAACUGAACUCGACGUUGGACAACGACUGAGAGACUCGAGCCGCGAUUCUCGCGACGAUGAUGACGAAAGAGGGCAAUCAAAAGACGGUAUUUUUUUAGAGAUUAAGGGUCGACCCACUUCCGAUUCUGACACACCUGAAUUGAAUCGGUACACUGGGCCAAAGGGGGUCGGCCCUAUAAUGGAGUUUAAGGGUAGGCCCGGCGUGGCACGUCCACGUCGUAAGUUCUCAAGUACAGAAAGCAUGGCAACUAGCAGCAGUGGUGGAAGUAUGGAAUCUUUGAGAAGUAGCAAUAGCGAAGGAGACAGGAGUAGUAGUAGUUCAGAAAGUCGUCAUUCGUCUUCUCUUAGUUCACAUAGCUCAGAUUCUGGAAAUGUUCCAUUCACAAAAUCGCAUCACAUGCAGCUGUCGGGGUUUGGGCAUCACCCAGCUAAGCUACAUAUUUUGAGCCCCAUAUCCGACAAGUCAUCACAAGAGCCAGCUUCGGAAACCUCCGAUAAUAAUAAAAAUAAUAAUUCGCAAAAGGUUUCCCCUGAGGACGGUGAGACAGGGAAUACGACAAUACAAACUACAGUCGAAAUUGUUCCUAAACCUAAACGUCGUUCAUUACAAAAUCGGAAUCUUUUAAAUCUUACCUUCAGACAUUCUACUGCUGGUGACACAGAAAUCCAAGGUUCCGAUAGUGGCAUAUCUAUACAUUCACGUGAAGGUGUUGAUUCCCGAAAUGCAUUUAUUAACUUCAAGAACAGUAAUACGGAAGAGGAACGCAAAGAUGAAGACUUGGACCUUUCCGAUUUACCUUUUGACAUGCCCAAGUUGAGGAGACGACGUGCUGAAGCUGAAGCCGAUUUACGAUCCUUGCCAUUUGACAUGCCAAAACUUCGCCGUAAACUGCGAGGACAAUCCUUGCAGCUUAAUAAUGACUUCGGAGGAGCAAUUUCAAAUGCAUCCUCAAGCCAAAGCGUCCAGGACUUAAAUCAAGGAAACAAACACCGACCAAAAUUAACGUUGAACUUUGAGAGUGGUAGCGGCGGUUCCUCGGGUACCAAAGGGCUGCAUUUAAAUUUGGGACCGAUUGCUCCGCCCCGUGAUCUCAUCGACGCGUCUCUUCCACUUGACAGACAAGGGUGGUACCACGGGACUCUGUCUCGCGUUGAAGCUGAGGGUCUACUUAGGGAUGCAGAUGAAGGCGCCUUCCUAGUGAGGAACAGCGAAUCUGCUAAACACGACUACUCACUCAGUCUAAAAUCAACCCGUGGUUUCAUGCAUAUGAGAAUCUGCCGCGGUACAGAAGGAUAUACUUUGGGUGGUGCAGCGACAGCCUUCCCAACGGUUCCAGCGCUCAUGCGUCACUAUGUCACCGCCCAGAGGCUUCCAGUAAGAGGUGCUGAACACAUGGCUCUGUCCACACCUCUGCAAGCGGUUCUGCUAUGAAUACACCAUGGCUGACAUAUGGAAAAGUUCUUAAACCUGUGAAACAGGAGGCCUACUGAGGUCAGUUCUCAGAAGAUGUAAUGUAAAUAAGGAGCAAUCAGAACUUCAAGGACGGUUGAUAUGUUUUAGUUCCUUCUCGUUUUGAUUGCUGAUGAAAGCACAAUGGAAAAGCAGGAGUUAUUUAUUGUAUUUAGCUUAGUUCCAGUGAAUACCAAAGAGUUAGGAUACGCUUGGCAAUGAUUUUGCUAAGAAACGGGCUUGUUGUAAAUUUUUAUUACUAAUGCUCAGAUUAGGUGCACAGUUUGUGCAGUAAUGUUAAAUGCUAGUCCCAACGUCGCAGCCUACUGUAUUAUGUAUUACUAUUUAUUCGCAUGUAAUAUGGUAAUCAAUAUUUAUUUCACAAUAACUACUAACUGAUAUUUUAUGGUAAAUAAGUACUUUUAGCAAUGCUUUGGUAUCACUCUCAGAUUGUUUAUCACGAGAUCAAUGUGUCAUAGUGUAUGGAGAUACUGUAAUCAGUUUUAUAGCAAUCGUUUUGCGCAAAUCUUGAUAAAUGUACGACAGAAAUGAUAAUGUUUUGUUUUGAAGUAAGUCGUAUAGCGGCACUGGUUUAUGUAUUUUUAGAUUUUAGCUAUCUACGAAUAUAAUUAAUUAUCAAGGCCUAAUCAAUAGACCCAUUAUAUUAAGUCUCAUUACAACCAUUAGUUAUAUGCACAGCGAUGUCUGAAUCUGAAUCUGUAAAAUUCCUCACAAAAACAUGUAAACAUCAGUGAUUCAUCGCACCCAUUUUCAUAUUUUAAAGAUAUAAAAGCAAGGCAUGCUUGCGCAUUUUACAAUGAUGUUCAACAAGGUCAGAAACAUAUUAAAUUGCAAAUGGCGGAGUAUUUACAUAGCAAACAGUAGGUGUAUGUAUAAUUGUCAUUAAUAUGUGAAACUGCGUAGAUAGUGGGCCUUAAGUCGUACAAGACAAGGUUGAUUUUAAUCGAAAUUGUUAUAAAUACCACAGUGACUCAUCCAAUAGGUUGGGCAGUCACGAAAAUUGUAUCGAUUUUAGUACAAACUUGUACACGAACCAUGUCAUUUUCUCUGUUAGCCAGCUAUUUACUGCUACUAGACUAUUUUACUUAAGUAGCUGAACAUAGAAAUAAUGUAACGUACCUUUAAAUGAAGAAUUUUAAUUCUAACUACAUACAAAUCCGUUUUGAUAUCUUUGUAUGGCGUACAAUAGACUAGAUUCAAGAGAUAGAUUCCUUAAAAUUCUUAGCUGUAAGUCAACCCCAAUAUAUUGUGGCACGUAAACAUUAUAAUUAAGAUCAUAGAAGAAAAAUUGCACAUGUUAUGUAACGUACACAUGGACUUAUUUAUAUUUUUUGUUAUAGUAGAACUAAGUAGGAUAUGUGACGGUGAAUAUGGGGCCCUUUGAAUCUGUAACAAUAGGUAAUAGUUACUUAGAGAAACACUUCGGUUUUUUUCACGACACUGAUACAACGACCUUCAUUUGAGACCGGGUGAUCCAUAUUUUAUGGAUAAAGCAGCUAUUAUUAUACUGUUCUUCUGUGAUUUUAAGUUCGAUAAAAGCCAAAAAAAAGUUGUGUGUAGUUAAGUUCUUUAUAUUUAUGAUACUUAAUGCUUUAUUUCUGGCAUCCAGUACUAAUUGUUGGUAAACAACGCGAUCUCAAUGUAUCUUCCUCUGGAUGGUUCAGUUACCUUAGAUUUAAUUUAUAUUAAUUUGUACCUGAUUUUGAAAAUUAAUAACGUUGUUUGAGACUUAAAAUUACGUUUUAACAGAUUUAAUUUUGUUACAUGUAUAAUUUAGAUUCAUUAGGAUUAUAGUGUAAAUGGGUUGCGUUCGGAUUCUUCCCCGCAUUUUUUUAAGUUGAACAGAGAGGGAAUUAAAACAGAUAAUGAGAAUGUGCCAAGAGUGACUCAGCCUUGGAGGUCGUUGCGAAUAAUUAGGUAUUCGUAUUUUUAUUACGACACGAAUCGAGGAAUGUAUUUAAACGCAACCCAGUAGUGUCGUAUGGCAACGAGCGAAUUUCUAUGUAUGUGAGACAUUUAAUUGUAUGUAUUUUACUAAACCACCGCAAAGCAGCUUGAGCAAGCGUGCAACUAAUUUUAAAAUAGACUUUAAAUGUAUGGUUAUAUUAUUAAGCUCGGGGCGGGUAUACGAGUGAGACAAAAAGUAGGGUCCAGUUUGUGACAUGGUAAAGUACCCGAGAGGUCAUUAAGUAGGGAUAAUUCUGAAGAGUUUGUAAUGUUACAUUUGUCUCACUUGUAUAUAAAGUUCCAAUGUUUCGUAGUAGACGCAUAAUGGAAGGUAGGAUAAGAAUACAGAAAAAUUCCACAGUCGGAAAUUUUGGGAAAUGUGUCAAAUUUUUUCAAAAACGAUUAGGUCAGGGUGGGCGGUUAGAUAAAAAUUAUAGCUUAUCGUAGUUAUAAUCAAUUGUAAUUUUGAAGGUGUAGUUUGAAAUUGAUGAUGAAUAAAUUCCAUAAAAAAUA